AUGGUGAUGGUGCUGGACGGCUCGAUGACGCUGGCCCUGGUGCGGGGCGACCACCAGCUCAACCUCCAGAAGCUGGCCGACGGCACCGGCGCCGUCGACAUCCGCCCCGCCGAACCGGCCGAGACGCUGGAGCGCCUGGGUGCCCAUCCGGGCUCGCUCGGGGCGGUGGGCGUGAAAGACCUGCCGAUCGUGGCCGACCACUCCCUGCGGGGCCGGCGCAACCUCGCGACCGGCGCCAACACCGACGACUGGCACUACUCGGGCGUGGACAUCGAGCGCGACAUCGCGGUGGACGAGUGGCUCGACCUGCGGGAGGUGUCGGCCGGAGAGCCGUGCGUGGGCUGCGGCAGCCCCCUGGAGGUGGUCCGCUGCAUCGAGACCGGCCACAUCUUCAAGCUGGGCCGGCGCUACGCCGAGGCCAUGGGGGCCACCGUGCUCGACGCCGACGGGGUGGAGCGCACCAUCACCAUGGGCUCCUACGGCAUAGGCAUCGGCCGGGCCAUGGCCGCGGUGGCCGAGACCCACCACGACGACCGGGGCCUGAUCUGGCCGGUGGCGGUAGCGCCGUAUGAGACGGUGAUCACCGUGGCCAGCAUGCGCGACGACGCCGCGGUGGCCGCGGCCGAGCGCUCUACGAGCGAGCUGCAGGGCCUGGCGUGGAGGUGCUGCUGGACGAUCGGGACGCCCGAGCCGGGGUGA